AUGAAACAUAUUCUGAUUCUCCUUACAGUAACUCUUCUGUGCGAUGCCUGUGGUUUUGGAAUGCUGGGUGGGGGUGGAGGAGGAGGUGGUGGAUGUGGAGGAGGCUGUGGUGGAGGAUGUGCUCCUCAAGUCGGUGGAUGCGGAAGGAAAAAGAGAUCCGUAAGUUGGACUACAGAUUUAGCAGAUAAUUAAAACUUCAGGUCUUAGAGCCACAAGUCAAAACUGAAUUGUCACCAGAGUGUCCACAAACGGAAUGGAAGGAGAUUAUUGACAGAAACCUCCAAGAUGACAUUAGUUCGAGUAAAGUGGCCAUCCAAGGAGAGUUAUAUCGUCAUUUCGAAUCGAGGUUUAUGGUGGUAUGUACCAAAAGGGAAGCCAAGAUUGACCAGCAGUUUAUCAGUAACGGAGAAGGUUACUGUGGUUCUGGAAAUCAAAAGAUUUGGUGCAUGGCUAUCCUUAUGCUGGGGUAG